CGCGGGCUCCUCCCGUCGGAGAUAACUGUCAGCGCGGCGGGGCGGCCGGGGCUGGUGCUCAGUCAUAUGACCGGCUGCUCCCAGCUCCGAGCACAGCGGCGCGGCGCGGCGGCGGCCCUGGGCCGGCUCCCUCCCGUGAUGCUGGGCGGCCGCGCUGCAGCAGCGGCGGGAGCAGCAGCAGCCGCCGGCGCCGGGAUGCCUCCGCCGCGUGGGCCCCGGGCUCGGGCUGCAGCCAGCUGAGCGGGCGGCGCCGCGGGAGCCCGAGGAGCGGCGGCAUCAUGGCCCCGACCCUGCUCCAGAAGCUCUUCAACAAAAGGGGCUGCGGGAGCGGCGCCGCCUCCUCGUCUUCGGCCGCCCCGGGCCGGGCCGCCAGGGAAGCCCCGGCCUUUAGCUGGUCGUGUUCCGAGUUUGACUUGAAGGAGAUCCGCCUGAUUGUUUACCAGGAUUGUGAAAGGAGGGGCCGACAAGUCUUGUUUGACUCUAAAGCAGUCCGGAAGAUGGAGGAAUCAGCAGCUCAGAGAACUGAGGAUGUCCUCAUUAAGAUGCCAGUCAAGUGCUGCCAGGCCCGGCACAGCAGCAGCAGCAGCAGCAGCGACAGCACCCCUUCCCCUCACUCAUCAGUGGGCUCCCUCCACGGCAAGGAGCAGCUUCCCAAGUACCAGUAUACAAGACCAGCUUCUGAUGUCAAUAUGCUAGGGGAAAUGAUGUUUGGUUCCGUGGCAAUGAGUUACAAAGGCUCUACCUUAAAGAUCCAUUAUAUACGUUCUCCACCACAGUUGAUGAUUAGUAAGGUCUUCUCUGCUAAGAUGGGCAGCUUCUGUGGAAGUACUAACAAUUUGCAAGACAGCUUUGAAUACAUCAACCAAGAUCCUAAUUUGGGAAAAUUGAGCUCGAAUCAAAAUAGUUUGGGUCCCUGUCGUGCUGGGAGUAACUUAGGUGUGCUCCAGGUGUGCAGCAGCAAGCUGCUGCAGGGGUUGGCAGAAGGAGGACCUCUCCGGCUCACCCGCAGCGCUUCUUUCUUUGCAGCACACAGCACUCCUGUUGAUAUGCCUAGCAGAGGCCAGAAUGAAGACAGGGACAGUGGGAUUGCCCGAUCAGCUUCCCUGAGCAGCCUGCUGAUCACCCCUUUCCCGUCUCCAAGCUCCUCCUCCUCCUCUUCCAGCAGCUACCAGCGCCGUUGGCUUCGGAGCCAAACCACCAGCUUAGAGAACGGCAUCGUCCCGAGAUGGUCGACUGAGGAGACUUUUAGCUUGGCAGAUGAAACCUGCAGUUCUAACCCCGCCAUAGUUCGAAGGAAGAAAAUCGCCAUCAGUAUCAUUUUCUCCUUAUCCGAGAAAGAAGAGGCACAGAAGAAUUUCCAGGAUUUCUUUUUCUCUCACUUUCCUCUCUUGGAAUCCCAUAUGAAUAGGCUGAAGAGUGCUAUUGAAAAGGCCAUGAUUUCCUGCCGAAAAAUAGCUGAAUCAAGUCACAGAGUGCAGUUUUAUAUCAGCCAUCUGAUGGAAGCUCUGGGAGAGUUCAGAGGGACUAUAUGGAAUUUGUACUCUGUUCCAAGGAUCACUGAACCUGUGUGGCUUACCAUGAUGUCCAGCACAUUGGAAAAAACACAGCUUUGCCAGCGUUUUCUGAAGGAGUUUACGCUUCUGAUCGAACAGAUCAAUAAGAAUCAGUUUUUUGCUGCAUUGCUGACUGCAGUAUUAACUUACCACCUGGCAUGGGUGCCAACUGUGAUGCCUGUCGAUCACCCUCCAAUCAAAGCCUUUUCUGAGAAGCGGACUUCCCAUUCGGUGAACAUGCUGGCCAAAACACACCCUUACAACCCUCUGUGGGCACAGCUGGGUGAUUUGUAUGGGGCCAUCGGUUCUCCUGUGAGGCUGACUCGGACUGUGGUCAUUGGGAAACAUAAGGAUUUGGUCCAGCGGAUCCUCUAUGUCCUGACCUAUUUCCUUCGGUGCUCUGAAUUACAAGAGAACCACUUGACCUGGGCUGGAAAGCUCUGGGAAGGCGAGGAAGUGCUGAAUGGUAGCAAAAUGACCACAGCCCUGGAGAAGGGAGAGGUGGAAGAUUCUGAAUAUGUUGUGGUGACUGUGAGGAAUGAGCCUGCACUGGUACCCCCUGGGCUGCCCUCGCAGACCGGUGACAGAAAUGCAGGCCCUCCAGAAGGCCUGGCCACAGCUGACCUCUUCUCAAGAGUCAGCACAGAGGCAAAUAAAGGAGCAGGAAAGAAGGAGCAGGACUCUGAGGCCAGUGGCAAGGCCUCCUUGGAGGAAGCAACAUCAGGUGCCUCUUGGGAGGAUCAGGAACCAUCGCCAAUGGUGGAAGAAGGCCAGAAGGGUGCUUCUGGAGAUGACCCUCCAACAGCCCCCAGCCUCGAAAGGUCGGCCACCUCUGAAGCAUGGGCAGCGGGCCUGAAGACCGUGCAGCAGGCUCCCAGUGAGGAGCUGAAAAUGGAGAUGGACAAGAAGCCCCCGGACAGGUCUUCUGGUUGGCCUUGCCCAGACAGGCGUUCCCAGGAAAGCCCUUAUUUAGAGAAAGUCACUUUCCAAAUUGGCAGCUCAGUGUCUCCAGAGUCCGAUUUGGAAAGCCGAGCAAGGGACAUGGAGGAAAAGCUGAAGGCCUUCAGGAAUCCUCCUGAGCUAGCAAGGAGUCUCUUGGAUCAGACCAGAGAGACUGCCGAACUGGCUCAGCACCAGCAGUUUUCUCAGGUCCCUUUUAGGUCUGGCAUUCGGAGGAAUGUUUGCUGUCCCCAGAUUCUCACUUCUGAGGAGCACAAAAGCCUCUCAGGCCAGGGUUUUGUGGAGGGAAGUGACAUAAGAAUCAAUGCCAUAGAGGCUGUUGAGCAAGUCAGCCUGUCAGCUGAACCUGCAGCCUCUUUGGACAAGGGGGCAGGAAUUGGAAAGCAAAGAACUUUGGAGGAAGAGAGAGGUUUGUGCUUGAAAACAGUGAAGGGACAGUCAUUAGAACCUGUUCAGAACAGGUGUGUGCAGCAGGACUCUGGCCUCGUGGUAGCUGCGGAUGUCCCCUGUGGGGAUGCUGAUGGGAAAACUGCCUUCAGGGUGGAAGGAGACAUUCCUAGGAAUGAAAGCUCAGACAGCGCCCUUGGCGACAGUGAUGAUGAAGUGGGUGCUCCAGGAAAUCUGGACCCCAACGGUGACAGGGACGAAGAUGCUUUAGAAGUAGAGCUGCCUUUGCCAAGGUCUCAGAUCAUCAGCAACCAAAAUGUAAAGAACUUUGGUCGUUCCCUUUUAGGGGGUUACUGCCCCAUGUACAUGCCUGAUUUGGUGCUCCAUGGGACCAGCAAUGAUGAGAAACUGAAGCAGUGCCUGUUAGCAGACCUGGUCCAUGCAGUGCAUCAUCCUGUGUUAGAUGAGCCAAUAGCAGAAGCCAUCUGUAUUAUCGCAGACACAGAUAAAUGGAGCGUCCAGGUAGCUACGAGCCAGAGGAAAGUGAUGGACAACAUGAAACUAGGCCAAGAGGUCUUGGUGUCAAGUCAGGUCUCCAGUUUACUACAGUCCAUUUUACAGCUUUAUAAGCUCCGCCUUCCUGCUGACUUUUGCAUAAUGCAUCUGGAGGACAGACUCCAGGAGAUGUAUCUCAAAAGUAAAAUGCUCUCUGAGUAUCUUCGAGGACACACAAGAGUUCAUGUGAAAGAAUUGGGAGUUGUGCUGGGGAUCGAGUCUAAUGAUCUGCCUUUACUGACUGCUAUUGCUAGCACUCACUCUCCUUAUGUUGCUCAAAUACUCUUAUAAGCUAAGCUCCAGACAGUUUUUCUGCUGGACUGGAGAACAGCAGAGGCAAGCCAGCAGCCUUAUUAUGAAAACAAGCUUUCCACCACUGCCUGUUUGGAGGUGGACCUUUCUAUAGAAGACUUUGGUUUACACGACUUAAUGACCUUCAGGUUCUUCUCUAACACUUUAGUCACCUAUGGAUUGGCAGGAGGAGGUGGUGACCUUUUGCAAAAUAAACACUACAGCAAAAGCUAGACUUUCAGUAUAUAACUGGCUUGUGUUAGUUGGAAAGAAAAAUGGACCAACCGGACCAGCUGGUUCUUUGGAGGAAGGAGCUGCCCGGCGUGCGGAACAUUCCUAUAGCCAAGCAUUCCCCAGCCAGGAGGCAAGGUACUGCCUGAGCUGGACAAGGCAUGUGGGAGAACAAGGACUCUAUGUGCAUUGGCUGUUGGGAUUAUUUUUCCUAUAAGGCAAGAGGAGGAAAGCCACAUUUUCAUUGCCUUCAGAAGCUCUGAUAAAACUCCAACUGUCACUGUUUUGAUAAUGAAAACAAAUGAGAAUGCCUGUGGGGACAAUGGGAUUUAUUAGGGACUAGUCCCAUCAUUUUAAUUUCUUCUGGGAGGUGAUAUUGUUUCAGAUGAGAACAGGUUCAAUGUUAUCAAGAUGUCCGUGGCAGCAGUCAAGUCCACAAAUCCUAUGUUACAACCUCGUGAUGUUUUCAGCUGCCUUUUUUAAGUGAGACCAUUAUCCAAGUUAUUGCUGGGAACUCAGGGGAGGAUUUGGGGGGUAAAUUCUUCCAGCCCAGAUCACUUUCUUUCUCUGACAGAAGUGAUUCUCUUUAAACUUUAAAUGAGACCUUAAAAUGACUAAGGGAAAAUAAUAUUUGAACAUUUGUAAACAUCCUAUCAUAAUCCAACCAAGUUUUUGCACUAUUGUGUCUGUGCCUUCCCAUCUCUAACACUCUACUUACUCCCUCCCUCUCCCUUUUCCCACAAGAACCUUUGGGUAUUUGGUUUUGAAGUUUCCCCACUCACGGAUUUACCUCCACAUAAAAAGUCCUUGUUCUUAAAUGUUUCAAAUAACUAUGCUUUGUGUUGACUUUUUUCCCCCAAAAAAAGAUCUUAAGUUUACUAUCCACUAAGCAGUGUAUAAGAAAAAUUAGGCCCAAGAUGAAAAAGGGCAUUGUUCAAAAAGCAUUCCUUUCCCUUCCUCCUGCUUGCAGUCUCGAGAUAGGCGUGCUAGCCAACAGAAGAAGAUGGUCCUAGUUUUGUAUGCUGCUGAAUUUCCUAGUCUUUCCAUUCUCUUUAACAGCAAUUCAGUAAUAUCUAGUUUGGAGCCAAGAUGAUUAAAAAAAAAAAAAAAACCCAAAACCCCAACCCAGAACCGUGAAGAGCCUAAUCCCUGCUUCCCGGCUGCCUGUCUGGCACAUUGUCAGUGAGCCAGGCUUUGGUUUAUUCUUUUAUGGAUAUGUGUUCACUCUCUCUUUACAAAGAGGAUGCCAGCAGUAGAAAUGAGAAGAGUUGUGGGUGGAGUGACUUCUGAGGGACGGGCAACUUGCUUGCUUUUGUUAAGGGACUUCCAUUCUUUCCCUGACAUUUGAAAUGUUUACCAGCUCAAUUUUGUCUGUUCUUUUAUUCUUACACCCUUGUGGUUCCUGAGGAGAGACUUACAGCUUUUGUCUUCUUAAAGGGCUUCCCAGGGCCACCACUGCUGCUUGCUAGCCAUUAGGUCAGAAAGAAUACAGUUUACCUGGCUUGGCCAUUUCUGUCCACUACCCUCUCAGGAAAUAAGCCACGCUGAUGCUUCUUCCUGCCUGUCCUGUUCAUUCAUCUUUGUCUUCCAGUUUCUUUCUUGCUCAUUUUCAAAUCCCCUCCACCUUCCAACUUGCAGAAUUCACAUAAAAUACCCCUUGUAGAGUAGACACUAAUCUUCUGAAAAGCAAGCCUAUCUAAUGGAACCAGGCAUUAAAGGGGCCAUCUUAACUGCCACUGACAGUUUUAAUGCUCCCCUCCCCUCUUUGCUUUGAGCAGGUAUAUUUAUCCUUAUGAAUUCUUUUUCGGUUAAAAAAAAAACCAACCAAAAAAAAACUUUAGGUGUGGAUUUUAUAUGGUUAUAUUUUGUCUCCCUCACACUCAGGAUUCCAGUCAGUCCAUAUUCCUCACAACUAUUGCCUCCACAAACAGACCUAGAAUGUUACUGCUGCUAUUUUCAAAUACUGCAUUAAGAAAAAACACUUUCUUUUUGUCUUAUUAUUCAACUUCUUUCCAAACCAGAACAGAAACUUGUGACAUUGUAUUGAAAUCUUUUUUUUUUUCCUCUAAGCCGGUGGCUUAGUUUACCUAAAAAGAAGACUCAGGAGAGUCCUUACUCUCUCCUACCCCCACUUCAAAAAGAAAAAGAGAAAAAAAAAACUACCUCAGUUGACAGGAUUCCACCUUUUAGGGCUUCUUCAACUUUGUAAGUCUUACCUGUUGUUGAGUGUAACUUUUGUAGCCUCUUGCUUCCUAGGCAAGUUAGUAUGGCAUGACCGAGCAGACAGUGUGCAUAAAUGUCGCGUGACGGACCACUUUAUAGCAUGUGUCAGUUUUAUUUUUUAAUAAAUCAAUAAGUAAUAUGAAUGUAAGGAGAAUUGUGGGUGUUUAAAACUGAUGGUGAAAUGAAAAAAAAAAAAACAUGUAGCUGAAAAUCUGCAAAAUUUCCAAAGUGUUUUAUUCUUUUAUCAGUGUUAUAAUAGCUUUUUGUACAGGCUACAAUCCAUUUUUCUGAAGUGUGCUGUUUUUUAAUGAAAGUGAUUGUAAUCUUUUCACAUCCCAUGAAACUGCUGUUUACACAUUACUGACUUUUACAAGCCCAUAUUUUUCAAGCCUAACUUUUGGGGAGGGAAGAAAAUCCCUAGUGCAUUCAACGUGACUCAGCUGCUGUUUGGACUCUUCUAAUGAAAUACUGAGAUUUUAUAAAAUGUAUAGACUCUAGCUUUUCAUUCAUCUGGGCUAGCUAAUGUCUGUGAAAGCAACCAAUAGAAAGGAACCCUGAAGUUCUUUUAAAUGUGUAGUUUUUGCCACUAACCUGUACAUUAGGGAGUAUUUUUCACCCAUGGAUAUUUUCCAUUACUAGCAUGGAAAGUUCGCAUCCUACACCUGAACUCUUAUUAAAGAUGUACAUUUGGCUCUUAAAACCCACUGUAUAAAUUUACCUUGAAUCAGAGCUCCUGCACCUAUUCCAACUUGCUGAAUGUUACUUUUAACAGUGAACCAUGCAUCUUGGAAGAGAGAAUGUGACAUACUGAAGCUUCACUGGUUAUGCAAACAGGAGAACAUUCUGGAUUUUGCUAUCACUGCAUCUCUUUUGCGACAGACUGAAAGGAUCUUAUUUUUUGAUCAGUCAACUAGGUACCAAUGUCAACUGUGUGGAUAUUUUUUCUUACUGCUUUAAGUGUAUCAUUUUGAUCUAGUUCUCUGUGGCAUUUGGUGCAAUAAAUCUUUUGAAUACAG